AUGAAAACUUUGAAGAAAUCGAUGUCGAAGGCUUCACGGGCAAGCUUCAAGGCUGCUGCGAGCUCGAGCAAACUAGAAGCCGUUAUGAAGGUUGCCAAGCCUGCGAUGAAGUCAGCGGCUGGCACUCCUUCUACAUCAAUGAAGAAAGCGAUGAAGAUGUCCACCUCGAGCAUGGGGGCUAAGCGACCGUCCGGUGCAGGAGGUGUUCUGGCAGGUUAUAGCUCGAAAUCGACCUCCGCAUCUUCGUCAUCUUCAAACCCCACAUCGGCAGUGAAGAUUACGCAACACCUGAGUACAGCAGAAGCCGAUGCACUGAAAUCUUCGCUUUACUUCAUGCACGUUCCGGAAUUGCGGAGCAUUUGUGCGGAGAAACUAGGGUUGCCUCAGGAUGGCACGAAGGAUCUGCUGGUUCAGCGUAUAGCGAUUUACGUAGGAAGUGGAAGUAAUGAAAAUAAAGACACUAAUGGCAGCAGCAGUAAACCAAUACUGCAGAAGCCGAAAAUGCCUGCAAGUGCAAAACUCGCUGGUCCUCCGGCGUUGGAUCGGGUACAAGCAUUGCCGACGAAGGCGCAGAACUUCAUGGUUUACGGCGUGUACAAGAACGACUUAGUGCACAGAAUGUUUUUCCAAAAACAUCUGGGUCCGAAGUUUCAUUUCACGGCGGCAGGAAUCAAAUGGCUCAACGCACAGUGGCACAGGGGCGUCCGGCCACGUUUCCAGGACUACAUAGACUUCUGGACCAAAGACCAGGCAGAGCGAUCCUCACCAGGGACUGGUACUGCGGAGAAAGCUAUGGGAGUAAAGAAGUCGUCGGGCGCAAAGUCCUCCUCAGACGUACCAAAGAAGGGCAAGAUAUCUAGCGAACUAGCCACACUACAAUUCAACCAAUUUCAGACGCGCAAUGCAGGAUUGGGUAGAGAGGAAAUGCUAGAAAAAUGGGAAAAUGAACGCAUGGGACACAAGAAAUGUGCAGAGGAGUUGUUGCAACGAUGUCUGGUGUUGAAUAGAUAGAAUGGUCUUUGUGAUAGAACGCACAGAGCUUCUGUUUCCUGUGCUGGUAAUUCGCAUUGAUUCAUUUCAAAUCAAGAAGUUUUUCUUUUGAAUUCCCUCCUGAGUUUGCUUUGAGGCUCUCUUGACAAAACACGAUCAAUCUGCUUUGUCAUGCGAAACUUUCAGGAUACCGACCUUCAGUCGAUUUUUUAGAAAAAAACCAGCCUCCGAAGGAGUUUCAAUUUAUUCGUGGAUCCGUGUGUGGUAGUGGUACAU